AUGAUAUACGAGAUUCCUUUUAAAACCCAUCGUCUCCACUCUGUCCCUGGCAAUCAGACUUGUACCUUGCAUGUUAGGUUGCUAAUCCUCACUACUCUCUACGCGGGAGAUUGCUUGGGCAAGGAUACUUUGCCCGAGCAGCGCAGCGCACCGAAGCGAGCUGCCUUGAAUCGCUUGACCACACCUGUAUCUCAGUUGCAGGCCAUGUCUUCGCCUAUUUGCAUGGCUGAUAUUACACCAAAGGUUGCAUCACCACCUACGCACCGCAGCAUAUGGUUGUAUCACGUAUCAGCCCGUAAGCGUGCCGACUCAUUGCGCAACGAGAAUCGACAAGAUGUGCGUCCGCAUAUUCCUCCUUGGUCAUUCCCAUGCAUCAAGCACAUCGGCGUGAGCCAGCGCCCGAUGUUGCCACCCGUCGUCACCAUAGUCACACGUGUUGAGAGGAGCCGUGUAGCACGCACAAGCCUCAAAUGGGUGAUCGCGUUCGAUCCCCUCAAACGACAACCUGAUGAGUCAUCAAGGGAGCUCCACAUGCACUCCAGAUAUGCAAAGUCGGUAUGGAGAUGGAAUGAACGAUUGCACCAAGGCUUGCUGCCUUCGCUUUUGCUUACCUCUUACGAUCGAUGGUCCGAGGUCACCAUCAGCAUCACGGCACCAUUAGGUGGCCUCACUUCAAGUGAUGAUAUGCUCUCUGCGCAGCCCAUACAUAUAGACGAAUUCCCAUGA